UAACUCCCACAAAAGUCUGAUAAAAUCUAGUGACUAACUUCUUAGUCAGCUCAUUCAUUUCUCAUCGUGUACAUCACAUUUAUCUCUAAAUUGUUGUUAUACCUAUUCACAAUAAGUUCCUCAAAAAUGUCUUAUUCGUUUUAUAACCUAAUUUUUUUUGCUUUCCAUAGUGCUUUUCUUCGAGAUCGCCUCACAUCGGAUGUAGGUCUAUUAUUUACAAAUAAGAUUGAGAGAAAUGUAUUUAUAGGGCCCAACUCGUCUCAAGCAUUUUGUACCUUCCGUUCAGGAGGAAGUUUAUUUCAAGGCUCACAAAUCAGCCUACAAAUAUCCUGCGAACCGGAUAAUUAUACGAAUAACGUAAAUGUAGAAUAUGCUCUCAUACAAAUCGCCAGCUGGGACGAUUAUUUAAAUGCAGCUAAUUUCAGCACGCUGUCAUUGAGCGACAUACGAGCUAUGUACUUUACUGACGAGAAUCGCAAAAAAGGCGAUGAUUUUUACAUUAAAUCUGAACUUCAGACGGUACAAUGCGCUGAUAAAACCACGUCUUUUGAAAUGGUAUCGAAUGAAUCAGCUAAUAAAUCGAUGACACUUAUGCAGGAAAAAAAUGAGGGUUAUAAAUCACUUCUCAACAUCACUAGAUAUGGUUUGUACUUGCUGAUAUUACAAAUUUCACAUCCGGAAUCUUACACGGGUGAAAAGAAUAUCAACAUCAACGUCCGUCUACCCGAAUGCGUAUUGCUUCCGUUGUACUCAGAUUUUCGCUUAACCUAUGCAUUGUGGGCUUUAAUUUGGGUUUUUGUGAUUUUUAUAUUAUUAUGCUGGAAAAAAGAGUUAGUGCCGAGAGUACUGUUAUGGAUCGGCGCUAUAAUACUAAUGGCACUUAUAGAAAACGCAUUAUUUUAUCAAGAAUACAGCACUCUCUGCAAAACCAUGCAAUCUUUCACUCCAACAAUAAUAUUUUUGGCAGAACUAUUUUCAGCGCUAAAGCGUACGCAUACUGGAAUGCUAAUCCUGAACAUGAGUCUUGGCUGGAGCAUCGUUGAGCCUAAUCCGAAUAACGUGAGAUCUCAUUUGUCGCGAGUUUUCAUUGUCGGAAUCGCAUAUUUCAUUUUAACCGCAAUCCAAUCAUACGUUUGGAUUUGGGGACCUUCUGAUUCAUCUUACUUGUUGGUCAUGAUUAGUAUAUUACUGAUGUCACUCGAAUCGUUUGUUUGUUGUUGGAUUUUGUAUUGUCUUGCGCAAACGAAACGUUUAUUACAGGGGCAAAGAAAAUUUUUGGAGUUGUCAAAGCUGUAUAAUUAUUUCACCUACGGAUUUCUCGUUUCGGUUGUCGCAUCCAUCAUAUUCGCAUUACGCUCUGUGGAUGCUCUCAGAGCUCCAUCCAGUCUCAAUGACUGGAAAGAAUUAUGGACCAAUCACAUGGUCUGGGAUUACAUAUUUUUUUGUAACUUUUGCCUACUUAUAGUUAUUAGUUUUUGCUUCUAUUUGGAAUCAACCCAAAAAAAGAUUUCUCAUUCCAACAUUGCUGAAGUACGAGUAUGAAUACAACCUUAGGUACUGACUGUCGUGGAUCAAUGACGAGUUUUGGCAGGUAUUAUUUGCUUCACGCUUAGGUCUACUACCGACCAACAAAAACUGUACGAUAUGAUGACAGAUGUUGCAGCUACCCAAACCAACGAUUAGCAAUGAAUCUAAACUCAGAUAGGUACCUCAACUGCCAACACACAUGCCCAUCCUGUCUGCAACUAUAAGAUUAUAAUGUAUUAUUAGGUAUACAUAGAUUAGGUAUAAAAGAAAAAUAUUAAUGAAUUCUUUAUUUUUGAAAUUUUGUAUUUUUCUUCAAGAUUUUAGUCCUCUAGAUUUGUUAUUGAAAUGUAGGGGAAAAAAUGAGGACGAGGACGACCCUAGAUCCUCCGAUUUAAUUUGUACCUAUGUAUUUUGUACAUUGAAUAGAAUCUCAUUUUCACUUUUUUCAAAAAAAUAAAAAAAAAAAAUCAUUUGAAUAAUAGACUAGUUAAAAAUUCAGCGUAAAAAUUCCUUAUUCUUAUUCAUCUCUCAAAAGAAAAUUUUUUCAACUCAGCUGCGAUAUUUUCAAUAUUCAUCCACCAUU